UAUACCUCCAUAACACUAGGUGGCGCUGUGAUUCAAGGCCUAUAGACGCAAAGCAUUGUAGGUAAAGGUUCUGUUCGCGGCUAGCCUGUAGCAAUGGCGACGUCUUUAGGAUCUAACACUUACAACAGACAAAACUGGGAAGAUUCGGAUUUUCCCAUUCUCUGUCAAACAUGCUUGGGAGAAAACCCUUACAUCCGGAUGACCAAAGAGAAAUUCGGCAAGGAGUGCAAGAUCUGUGCACGGCCCUUCACGGUGUUCCGCUGGUGUCCUGGGGUCAGGAUGCGCUUUAAGAAGACAGAAGUUUGUCAGACCUGCAGUAAAAUGAAAAACGUCUGUCAAACCUGCCUUUUGGAUCUGGAAUACGGUUUGCCCAUUCAGGUUCGUGACACUGGGCUGUCCGUUAAAGAUGAAGUACCGAGAUCAGAUGUGAACAAGGAGUAUUACACUCAGAAUAUGGAGAGAGAGAUUGCUAACUCUGAUGGUACAAGACCCGUGGGGCUGCUUGGGAAGGCACCGAGCAGCAGUGAUAUGCUGCUGAAACUGGCUCGUACCACACCGUAUUACAAGAGGAACAGACCACACAUCUGUUCCUUCUGGGUGAAGGGGGAGUGCAAGAGAGGAGAAGAGUGUCCAUACAGGCAUGAAAAGCCCACGGAUCCAGAUGACCCAUUGGCUGAUCAGAAUAUUAAGGACCGUUACUAUGGCAUUAAUGAUCCUGUGGCUAACAAACUCCUGACGCGGGCCUCCACCAUGCCCAGACUGGACACACCGGAGGACAAGUCCAUCACCACACUCUAUAUCGGAGGGCUGGGAGAAGACGUUACAGACUCUGAGCUCAGGAGCCACUUCUACCAGUUUGGGGAGAUUCGUACCAUCACUAUCGUUCAAAGGCAGCAGUGUGCUUUCAUCCAGUUUGCUACACGGCAGGCUGCAGAGACGGCUGCAGAGAAGUCUUUUAAUAAACUCAUCAUUAAUGGACGUCGACUUAAUGUUAAAUGGGGCAGGUCACAAGCGGCUCGAGGAAAAGAGAAGGAUGGAGUGACGGAGAGCGGAAUCAGGCUGGAGCCAGUGCCCGGCCUCCCUGGAGCUCUGCCCCCACCCCCUGUGUCUGAUGAGGACGCCUCCACCAACUACUUCAACCUGGCUCCCACCAGCUCCCCUGCUGUCAUGAACCUGGGACUUCCUCCUCCACCUGGGGUUGCCAUGCCCCCACCGCCUGGUUUUGGUCCUCCUAUGUUCCACACCAUGGAUCCCAUGGCCCCGCCGAUGCCCCCUCCAAUGGCCAUGAGGCCCCCUGGACAGGUCCACUACCCAUCCCAGGAUCCUCAGCGGAUGGGCGCCCAUGCAACUCGCCAUGGAGGCCCUUAGAUAGUUAUACAGCUACCUCAUUCAGCAAUGACCGCUGAGCAACUGAACCCAGAGUGAUGUCACCUCUGCCCACAUUUUUAAGUGUUUAUAUCUGUCAGUCAUUUUCAGAGUAAGGUGCAAUGCAUAACGAACAAGGCAAAUAUUGGAAAAAUGCCAGCAUCUUAGAAUUUAAACCAUGACAAAACAUUUCUUUUUAAGCUUUUGAUUUAUUGUAACCCUUGAUGGUUUCUGUUAUAUUUUUUUGUCAGUUUUUGUUUUGUAUGUAAUGAUAUGAAACGGAUAUCAUGCCUUUUUUAGGGUCGAAUGACAAAGAAUUGGUUGCAGUGACCAACAAUUACCAAGUGGGGGCACUAUUGACUCUUUCAUCCACCUGAAGUCUUUAUUUGUUUGACACUUUAUUGUCCUACACCUCUAGAAUAUUCCAGGAUUCAUAUUACAGUUUGUGCUAGUGUCCAUCUCUUCCCCUUUUUCUGUAAAGUAUGAAGUGUGUUGUCCCGAAUUGGUUUUAAGGCUUUUUUUUUUAAAUGUACAGGUGGCUAGUUUGUGGUUACAUUAAAGAAGCUUCACAUUUUGAAAUAUUGUGUGAACAAUUGU